CCUUGUUCAAGGCCUGGAGAAGUUUGAGCUAACACAAAUCCCUCGAGAGGAGAACAAGCGAGCAGAUUGGCUUGCUAGAAUUGCGAGCUCGAAUGACGGAAAGAUGGAGAGUUCCAUCACCACCAUGCAUUUGGACGGAAGCGUGUUGAGCGAGACACUAGAAGUCGAGGAAAAGGAUGACUGGAGGAAGCCGAUUCAUGAACUUCUACAGGCGGCUUUCCGAUCACACUUCAUCGGAGCUCAAAUUUGCCUCAUCCCAAAAGAAUCAAUUACUAAUAUCGUGCAAAAGGACGACGAAACUGUUAAGGACUACGUGUCUCGCUUUAAUGACCGAAUUCAGAAUAUAGAGCCGUGUCACCCUGAGACCCUGUUAGUGACCGCAAUUGCUGGACUGAAACCCAACUCAAUGUUUCGCUGGACCCUAUGUCAAAACAAACCGGCUACGUUUCAAGAAUUCCUUGUACAAGCUCAACAAUUCAUUACUGCCGAGGAAUCGACGUCGGUUCCCAGUUUCGACUUCUCGGCGAAAGAAAACAAAACUGAACCGGAUGCUAAAAAGAAGAAUAAGAAGAACUUUGGGAAAGCACAAUUUCGGAAUUUCUCCAAAGGAUAUGAGAACACUCCAGAGUCCAGGGCUGCUCGUGAUCAGUAUUCAGACAAUGUCGGGACAGGCUAUCAGGCCGUUUAUUCAGCCGGAGCAGCUACCAUAUAUGAAGAACUAAAAGGAAAAGGGAUUAUUCUAGACCCGAGACCCGUGAGAACCCCUGAAGACAAGCUGGACAAAACUCGGUACUGUGCAUACCACAAGUCUUCGAGACAUAAUACCGAUGAGUGUCUCGGUCUUUUGUCAGCCCUUUUACGAUUAAUUGGACAACCUCAACUUCAAAAGUUCAGAAAUUUUGAUAAUCGCCGUUCAGAUGAUGAAGAUGAUAACCGACUUGUUAAUCCGAAAAGAGCCCGCGCGAACGAUAAGGAGGUUUUCACGUUUUCUACUCAUGUCGGUACGUCGGCCGAUAACUGCAAAAAAUCCAAGGCACAUGAUACAUCAGACUUUUUACAUUGCAUACCUCGA